AAUUUGUUGGAGCCAUUGUUGUUAGAUUGGAGCAUCCGUCUGUGUCUGGUCGCACCUCUGCACGGUCGGACUCACCAACCUUUCUCAUUUCCACAAUAUUCCAUCGGUUUCCUCGUCCAUCUCUCUCUCUGUCUGUAGCUUGGUGACAGCUUCUCCAUCCACUGAGUCGAGAAUCAGAAUCCAUUCGUUUUCUCCAAGAUGGCAGCAGCAUCAGGGAAGAUUAUUCAAAAUGUUUUUAUAGCAAAGUGCAACCAAGAGAAUAGGCAGACCCAAUAUCCAUAUUCCGCCCCUCAUAUGCGCAAGAAACUUCCCUUUCAUGGAGGGAAGUCUGCAUGGAAUGGCAUUUCUUCCAUGCGGUUGGUCAACUUAUCGAAAUACAGGAGAAGUUCACUAAACCGGGGAAUUGUGCGCUGCAACGCUGCUUCGACUGCAACUGCAGUACCAGCUUUGGACAAGGCCGAUUUUCUCAAACUUCAAAAUGGCAGUGAUAUUCGAGGUGUGGCUGUUGCUGGUGUUGAGGGAGAACCUGUAAACCUCACUGAACCUGUAACUGAAGCAAUAGCAGCUGCUUUUGUUGCCUGGUUGGGGGACAAAAAAAAGGCUGACAAGCAUUUGAGAAUAUCUAUUGGUCAUGAUUCCCGAAUUUCUGCACAGAUGUUGCAGGAUGCUGUUUCUAGAGGUAUUGCCAGCGCUGGCUAUGAUGUUGUUCAAUAUGGGCUAGCAUCUACACCAGCAAUGUUUAAUAGCACUCUUACGGAGGAUGACUCGUACCUAUGUCCAGUUGAUGGAUCAAUCAUGAUUACAGCAAGUCAUCUUCCUUACAACAGAAAUGGUUUCAAAUUCUUCACAAAUGCUGGAGGGCUUGGGAAACCUGACAUUAAGGACAUCUUGGAGCGUGCUGCUGAUAUCUACAAAAAUUUCACAGCAGAAGGUCUAUCAGAAUCGAGAAUUAAAGCUUUUACAUCAGUUAAAAGAGUUGAUUACAUGACUGUUUAUACUUCUGAUCUAGUCAAGGCGGUUCGUAGAGCAGCAGGAAACAUAGAGAAGCCUCUGGAGGGGUUCCAUAUUGUGGUUGAUGCUGGAAAUGGAGCAGGGGGAUUCUUUGCCGCAAAGGUGCUUGAGCCUCUUGGAGCAGUUACUUCUGGAAGUCAGUUUCUGGAGCCAGAUGGUUUAUUUCCAAAUCAUAUUCCGAAUCCAGAGGACAAGGCAGCAAUGAAAGCCAUAACACAGGCUGUCCUUGAUAACAAGGCUGAUUUGGGUAUUAUAUUUGACACAGAUGUUGACAGAUCCGCUGCCGUGGAUUUCUCUGGUCGAGAGUUCAACCGUAACCGUUUGAUUGCAUUAAUGUCUGCCAUUAUUCUUGAGGAACAUCCAGGAACUACCAUUGUGACAGAUAGUGUGACUUCUGAUGGGCUGACCACUUUUAUCGAGAAGAAACUCGGCGGGAAGCACCAUAGGUUCAAAAGAGGUUACAAAAAUGUGAUUGAUGAAGCUAUUCGAUUGAACUCUAUUGGCGAGGAAUCACAUCUGGCCAUUGAAACCAGUGGACAUGGAGCACUUAAAGAGAAUCAUUGGCUCGACGAUGGCGCAUACCUCAUGGUCAAGCUCCUGAACAAGCUUGCUUCGGCUCGAGCAUCAGGACUAGGUGGUGGCAGCAAAGUCUUGACUGAUCUAGUAGAGGGACUUGAGGAACCUGCAGUCGCUGUGGAACUAAGGUUAAAGAUCAAUCAGACUCAUGCCGACCUGAAGGGAGGAUCUUUCCAAGAUUAUGGAGAGGCGGUACUGAAACAUUUGGAGAAUUCUAUCGAUGCAGACCCGAAGCUUCGGAAGGCACCUGUCAAUUAUGAAGGAGUUCGGGUCUCUGGCUUUGGAGGGUGGUUCCUUCUGAGACUCUCACUUCACGAUCCCGUUCUUCCACUAAAUAUCGAGGCCCCAAGCCAUGAUGAUGCUGUGAAGCUCGGACUUCUUGUCAGUGCUGCUGUUAAGGAGUUCGCGGCUUUGGACACUUCUGCCCUGGACAAGUUUGUUCAAUCAGCAUGAGCUCUACUCUAGCACGAUCCUAUCUUGUUUAAUAUAACUAUGGCACCAUCCUUUCUAGGGCAUGUUCUAUGAGUUCACGAGGUCUCUACAAGUUUACGUCGUCUUCUGUUAUCGGGAGGUUUUCAAUAGUAGAUUUCGGCCACUGUGCAUGUUAUGAGGUUGAUCAAAUCGUCUCUAAAUCUAAUUUUUCUUUUAUGGGCAUCAUAUGUCCAAAUCUCAUAUUACGAUAGAUGCGAUGCACUGCAUAAAUAAAUAAAUAAAUGGAAGUUUCCGUUGA